CUAAGCCCAAUAUAACAAAUACUAGAUCCAAUUUUAAGUUCCAUCAAAGACAGUCCACUCUUAACAAAUACUAGGCCCACACUUAAAGACUUUUAAGUUUUAAGGUCAAUCAGGCAUGAGCUUUUCCCACUCUUAAGCUUUUCCCAAAUACGCUAGGGUUUUUUUUCCUUCAAACUUCUCUCUCUAGUCUCUAUCGCCAUUGAUACACUGGUGCGGUUGUGUCGAUGGAAGAAAAUGGAAGUAGGGUAAGCGAAGCCUGCGAAGGUGGGGGUUCAAAUGAUAGCAUACCUAACACUGAAUGUCUCAAUCCUGAUGAAGCUCCAAAGAAAAGAAAAGUCAUGCAACUUAGAUCUGAUGCUUGGAACCAUUUUGAGAAGUAUGAUGAUCCUAGUGGAGCUAAAAGAGCAAAAUGUAAGUAUUGUGAAAAAACUUAUGCAGCUGCUACGAAAGGUAUUGGUACUACAUCAAUGAACAAUCAUCUCACUAAGUGUCCCAAAAUGCCCCGUAAAAUAGAAAAUAGUCAAACACAACUAAGUUUUCUACCAGCUUCAAAUGGGGCAAAUGAAGGGGUGCUUACCACUUGAAAAUUUGAUCAAGCACUUAGUAGGAGAGCUUUAGUUCUAAUGAUAAUUUUAGAUGAACUGCCACUUAGUUUUGUUGAAAAGGAAGGAUUUAAGAAGUUUAUAGGAGUCACAAUACCUCAAUUUCAAAUUUCUUCUCGUAGAACAUUGACAAGAGAUUGUUAUAAACUUUAUUGUGAACAAAGACAAAGUUUGAAGAAGUACUUCAAUGAAGCACGUCCAAAAAUCUGUCUUACAACAGAUACUUAGACUUCUAUACAAAGAAUAAACUAUAUGUGUCUUACUGCUCACUUUAUUGACAGUGAUUGAAAAUUGCAUAAAAGGAUAAUAAACUUUUAUCCUAUCUCUAGUCAUAAGGGUAAUGAUAUGGCGGCGGUUAUUACUAAUUGCUUGCUUGAUUGGGGUUUGAAAAAUGUAUUUACUAUAACGGUAGAUAAUGCUAGUUCCAAUGAUGUCUCAAUAAGAGAAGUGCCUAAACAAUUGACUACUUGGGGAACUAAAAUAAUGAAUGGUAAACACCUGUAUGUUAGAUGUAUGGCUCACAUACUUAAUCUCAUUGUACAAGAUGGGUUGAAAGAAAUUGAUGUUUCUAUCAAGAGAGUUAGACAAGAUGUGAGAUACAUUAGACUAUUUCCCGCUAGGAUUAGAAAGUUUAAAGAAUAUUGUGAAUCUCAAAAGUUAACUUCCAAGAGAACAUUAUGCUUAGAUGUUUCUACUCGAUGGAACUCUACAUACAUGAUGUUAGACACAGCACAACAAUUUGAGCUUGCAUUUGAUAAAUAUAGUUUCUUUGAUACUGAAUUGUUGCAUCAUUUUCGUACCUAUCUAUGUGAAAAUGGAACUAGUGCAGGUGAUCUCACAAGUGCUGACUGGGAUAAUGUGAGAACAAUGGUAAAAUUUCUUGAAACUUUUUAUUUUCUUACUUUGAGGGUCUCUGGUUCUAUUUAUGUCACUUCCAAUGUAUAUUUUGUUCAAAUUUGUGAGCUUGAUCUUAUUUUGAAAGAGUGGAUGGAACAUGAAGAUGCUAGUUUGAAAGAAAUGGCAAAAAAAAUAAAAGAAAAAUUUGUCAAGUAUUGGGGUGAACCUGAAAAAAUGAACAAUAUGAUCAUUAUUGCAUCAAUUUUGGAUCCCUCUAACAAGCUUGACUAUGUUCCUUUUGCAAUUGUGAGGAUGUUUGGAGAAAAAGAAGGGGAGAAAUUGAUUUUAGAAGUGAAAAAUUAUAUAAAUUCUUUAUUUGAUUAUUAUGUAAAGAAAAUUUCAAAAGGAUCUACAUCUGCUUCAUCUGGAAACACAACAACUACUGUGACUGGUUAUGGUAGCUUUUUGAAAAGGGGAACAAUGAGAACGAAAUUGAAAUUUGAGAAAUAUAAGGAAGUGACAGGAGGUUUAGGUGCUAAAUCAGAGUUAGAUAGAUAUCUUGCUGAAGAUAUUGAGCCUGAAACGGAUGAGUUUAAAAUCUUAAAGUGGUGGAAAAUUAAUGAGCCUAGAUUUUCCAUUCUUGCGGAGAUGGCUCGUAAUGUGUUAGUCAUUCCUAUUUCAAGUGUUGCAUCAGAAUGUGCAUUCAGUACUGGAGGUCACAUUCUUGACUCGUUUAGGAGUUCGUUGACGCCUAAACUGGUGCAAUCUCUUAUUUGUCUUCAAGAUUGGCUUAGAAGUGAACCUAUUCCUAUUAAAGUUGAGGAAGACUUGGAAUAUCUAGAACAACUGAAACUUGGUAAUUAUUUUAUAUUUUGCAUUUAUUAUAUUACAAAUAGUUUACUUAACACUGAUGCAUGAUAAAGUUUUCUUCAAUAUUUUUCUUAGAUUUGGCUAAUUGUGCAAAAGAUUUCACUAUUAUUGACAUAUAGUUGCAACUUGUGGCAUGUGUAGCAAGUUGAUAACCUUCUGUAUAUUUGAUGAUAUAAUAUUGAUAUACUUUAUUAUAAAUCAAUUGUGUUUUUGACUU